UUUUUUAGCUAACAUGAAAACAAUAACGAUCUUAGUAGUCGCUGCUGCUUCUUUGGCACUAGUGUUCAUGACUGCUUCUCCAGUAAACAAAGAUGAUGCUGCUUAUGAAGCUUUUAUUGGAGAAUACGGAAGGAACUUCGCUUCAACUGAAGAAUAUAACUUCAGAAGAGACAUCUUCCUGCAAUCUCUCAAGAAGGUUGAAGAGCACAAUGCUAAAGGACUCUCAUGGACUUAUGCAAUUAAUAAGUUCUCUGACUGGACUGAAGAAGAAUACCAAAGACUUUUAGGACUUAAGAAAAUGAGGAAUAGCAACUCUAACUUGCCAAUCAUCCAACUCCCAAAGGUCGACAAAGUUAAAGGUAUUGACUGGAGAACUAAGGAAGGAUUUGUAGGACCAGUCCUCGACCAAGGACACUGUGGAUCAUGCUGGGCUUUCUCAGCAGCUCAAACUCUUGCUGGAUCUUACUUUAAAGCUUACGGAGAAGUUGUUGAUGUCUCAAGGAGUCAUGCUGUUGAUUGUGAUUUCUUCUCUCACGGAUGUAACGGAGGACUUCAAGAAAAUGCUUUCGCUCACUGGAUGAAGCAUCCAUUCAUUAACGAAGCUGAUUACCCAUAUGAGGCUAAAGAUAGAGCUUGCCAGGAAGAGUCUAUCUCAUCUAACAAUAGAUUAGUAAAGUCCGCUUUCAGAGUUGAUGUAGGUGAUGAUCUUUUGUAUGAUGCUCUUGUUCACAUGCCAGUUUCUAUCUCAAUCAGAGCCGAAAAUGAUGACUUCAGACACUACGGAGGUGGUGUUAUCAGCGGAGACGGAUGCGGAUAUGAGAUUGAUCAUGCCGUCCUCCUUGUUGGAUUUGAAGAGGACACUAACUCAUGGAUUGUUAAGAACUCCUGGGGAGCAGGAUGGGGAGAAGAUGGAUAUGUAAGAAUUGCUAAAACCCAUACCAGACAUGGAGUGUGUGGAAUUAACCAGCAGAACUCUAUCCCAGUCUUUGAAGAUGAAUGGGAGCCAUUUAAUGAAUAAUCACUCAAAUUCUGUGAUAAUAGCGCCUUCUCCUAAUCUUAUCUAAUGUUAAAUUUUUAAUACUCCUU